CGGGCUUUGUCAUUUUGAUAUUUCAAUUCAUUUCAAAGAAAUCCCUAACUAUUGUGUGUUAAGCUUCAUGCAACAAAGUUCCAAGUGCAUUUAUCGGUAUUAGGACCAACGGUGCCUUCUCUCCCACAAUCUAUUUAUAAACUGGUCCAGCUAGUUUGGUGGGUUUACCGAGGAACGCAGGUAGACUGGUCGUGAGUCAUCAGGGAUUAGCCCUUAAACGCUAUACGCAUUCUUAUAUCAUUGAUAUAAGGGUUAUAUUGCCAUAGCAAGCUAUUAACGAACAGUAAGAUGUAUUUGUCACGUGUAAGAAGGGAAUCAAUUAGUUUCUUUGCCAAUUUAUUGUUUUCAUUCAGUCAGUGUUCAACGUUCAACGAGACAAGUGGAGUAUUGUGUUUUGCAUUGAAUAUUUUGUGUUGUGAAGUUAAUUUCGGGGUCGGUGCUGUUAGACCUGGUGGAUAUAGCAAUGUCAAACAGUAGUAAGGAAGAUGGAGAACAACCAACAACGCUACAAGAGGCAAUCAAUAUGAUUAAAUUUAUCAAAAUGGCACAUAAACAAGAAAUUGCUAAAAUUAGGGAUUCAAGCAUUAAACAAGCAGAUAUAAUAAAGAAAUUAGAAUUAAAUAGAAAAAAAGAACUCGAAUACCUAUCUUGUGAACUCCAAAAAUAUGAAUUAAACCUUGCUCUAAGAACAGAAGCCGUUAAGAAACAACUUGCACAGAAAGAUGACAUAAUUCUGAAACAACAAGAAAUAAUUGAAGAGUUAAAUAAAAAGUUAAAACUAAAAGAAGAUUAUGUAGUCCCUGAAAUAACAAUACAAGUUGAGUCGAAUUCUGAUUCAGGUGUUGCUAUGGAAAAUGAUGACUUACAUAAAUCUGAACAAAUCAAGACUGAGGCAAAAACAAUUAGGAAAUAUAGCAGACGAUUCGCAGAUCCCAUUAGCUUUCUACGAAGGGUCGACUUUUCUCCCAUGAAGUAUAAGCCAAGUAAUCGGGAAGGUGCAAAAAAGAAGGAAGAGAAAAAGAAAAUAUUAGAAGCUCCAUGUAAAGAAGCUAUAGUCAAUAUGACGCAAUAUAUCAACGAAAAAGCUACAAGUGAUGACGACAGGCCAUCUGAGGAUACUUUAUUCUCAGAUGAGACAAUCGAACCAGUCAUAUUAAGGCCUAAGAAAAUGAAUGAUAGUAUGAACAAUCAUUUUUCUGAUGAUGGAAGUGAAGAUACCAGUGAAGAAAUAUUUGACAGAGUCAUGACAAGGAGUAGUAUCAGAAGAUCUGUCAAAGCAAAUCCCAAGUAUAAAAAAAUUAGUAGAACAAAAUCAAAAAUGUUAGAGCAUGUUAAAGUAAAUAUUUUAGAUUAGCAUUUUUCUCUUCCAGACUGAUAUAUUUAUUUGUUUUUAUGUAAUAAGUUCAAUUUAAUUGGAUGCUGAAUAAAUUUCAUAUAAUGAAAA